ACGUGUACCGGAAGACGUGUCAACUACACCAUGGAUGUAUAGAGACUACACUGCGCUAGCUAUAAAAGACAGUCUUUAGCUGUGUAAUAAUAUUUUCGGUAAUUUUUUUAAACCUAUAUGGGCAUACAUUCACGUUAACUACCGUCACAUCUUCGAACGAAUGAAAACCAAUAGUGGUAGUGUGCAUUCAGCCUAGCUAGUGUUAGCUGUCACAGCUUUGUGGGCACUGUCACGCCAUCAUCCUCAGGGACAUCCUGCUGCGGACAGGCAUCGCAUGAGUGUGCUGAUUGAUCACUGAAGCAAUGGCCAGUCCAAAUGAUCUACAUUUUCAAGAAUUUGAGGAAGCAGAGGAGCUGCUGUCUGCAGACCCUGGGGCCUCCACACUCAGUAUGGCUGCCUCAAACACCGCCACGACAGCAGCUGCAGCAGCAGGAGGAGAGGACGUGAAACUAGACCUCUCGGAGGAUGAGGAGGGUCACGAGGAGAGUUCAGAGCUGUUAGGGGGACAGAAAGCAACUGGUGGCUUCUGGACCUUUGAGUACUAUCAGUCUUUCUUCAAUGUGGACACAGUGCAGGUACUGGACAGAGUUAAGGGGUCAGUGAUGCCUUUACCUGGAAGGAACUUUAUCAAACACCACCUUAGGAGUAACCCAGAUCUAUAUGGUCCAUUCUGGAUCUGUGUGACACUGGUGUUCUCAGUAUCAAUCAGUGGGAACUUGUCCUCCUUCCUCAGUGAGAUGGAGGACUCUGCCUACCACUACAGACCACAGUUCCACAGAGUGACAAUAGCUGCAGUAGUGAUCUUCAUGUAUGCCUGGCUGGUGCCAAUUGGUUUAUGGGGUUUCCUGACCUGGCGGCAAGGGGCUGAGAGGCAGACUGGAGGCUAUUCCUUCCUGGAGACUGUGUGUGUCUACGGCUACUCCCUCUUCAUCUAUAUCCCCACCUCGGUAUUGUGGAUCAUACCAUUUGAGUGGUUGCGCUGGACACUCAUCCUGGUUGCCAUAGUGAUCUCUGGCUCAGUCCUGGUCCUCACCUUCUGGCCCGUUGUCCGUGACGACACCAAGGUGAUGGCAGUGGCAACAGUCGCGACCAUCGUGGUUUUGCACACACUGCUGGCUGUCGGCUGUAAGAUGUACUUCUUCCAGAUAGCAGACCAUGUACCGCCAACGACUCCUUCAACCCCCCCGAUUCACAUAACACUGGCCACGCAAUCCCACUGACCAAUAGGAAGGAGGAGGAGUAUUUGCAGGAAAUGAAGGAUGUCUCUGUUGUGUUUGGAAUAACAUGCAGAUAUAAAACCAUGUACAGACAGGCUGGUUAAGGCAAUGUUGAUUAUUGCCAUUGUGGGAUUUGUUCAAUGCUUGUGUGAUGAAGCGCUGGUGAUUGUUGCUUGACUAAUUUAUCCUGGGGUGGUUCUGCUGUGACUGAAGAAGCACUUGAUCACUGCAAUAAUUGUACAUUUCUACUGUGACAUUUCAGGAUGUGUUGCACCGUACUAGUCUAGGAUGGCUUCCUUAACACUGAUUUCCCUCAUUUCAUCAGCAAGAUGCAAACACAAGCUCAAAAAAAGACAUGUUACUCAUUGAUAGAAGCAAAACACUAUGACGUCUAAACCUAAUGCAAUCAUAAAACCAUGCUGCGACCAAUCUGUCUUUUCUAUAAGAUAUUAGAUGGACAACAGCAAAGUUGUUCAGCUUACAAAAAGAAAUUACAUCAGGCUGCGGCAUCAUUUUUGUAUUUGUUAGCUGGAUAAAUGUAUAGUUGGUUUGCAAAAAAAAGGUGUUGAUUUAAGAAAGUGAUGACAAAGCACCUGUUAAAACUAAAAUUCUCAUGCGAUGUGUGGAAUGUUUGCACUUUAGGUUUCUACAUUGUACGGAGAGGUAGGAAAUAUAUGAAAAAACAAAAAGAGUAUGGGAAAUAAUUUGUGUUUCCAGACUAUUUCCCCUAUUCUGUUUUCUAAGAUGUAAAAAUAUUAAUUUAUAUAAAAAAAAAAAAUUAAAAGCAAACACCAAGGCAGAGUGUUUUUCAUGGUGUAUGGAGCAGACGGCCAGCGCAGCCAAAAUGUUCUCCACUGUGUGACACAGCACAGUGGCGCCCCCAGACAUUUUCAUCAGGGGGCCAGAUGGAGCCACUGAAAAUCUUGGCACACCAAAAACAAAAGGCAUAACUGAAUUUAAGGAAUUCUGUUAUACUGUAGUAGUAUAUAGACUAGGUGACAACUAUGUCAAUAUGAGAGUUGGGGAAUCACAUACUGAUAUCCUUUUUUUCUUAUUCUGCAGUUAAUGUUACUCAUUAUCUAGUCUCGCAUAGCCAGACCUAUUCCACACUUAGCUUUAGCACUCUGCCAGUGCUGGAGAAAGGUCUGGCUGAAUCCUUUAUCAUUCUGGUAUACAGGGAAAGACAGUUCUUGCUUGUUUGUAUUUCUAUAAAAGGUUACAGCUGCUAUCUUAUUUAUGUUUGUACCAUUAGCGGCCAGAUUAUGGUUAGGGUAACCAUUAUCAGCGUGGAGGUUGCUAGUUUGGGGACGGUUUUUGUUGUUUCAUGUAGCGUCUGGGAAUUUGAAAAUGGUAACACUCAGAUAGCGGAAGGGGAGGAGAAGGCCAACUGAAGUAGUCGACCAGUGGCCCUACUUGUAUUGACACUAAUACAGUCUAUUCCACUGAGGAAUUAAAAAAGCUAUAUAAAUUGUGUUUGCAUCGCUGUAGCGCCAUUUGUUGCCAAAAGUCACUUUGGUGAUCCCCUAAAUUCUCAACAAGCUAAGUCAUUAAGUUAAAAUUUAAAUUUGUCCAACACUUUGGCUUCUGACCAAAUACCUACAAAACUGAUGAUAUUCCCAUCAGCCUCAGCAGGUCUUUGUGUGUGCUAAUUAGCAAAUCUUAGCAUGUGAACAAGCUAAACUAAGAUGAAUAAAAUGGUCAACGUUAUACCUGUUAAACAUAAUGUCGCUCAGUUGUCCUGCAGCCACACAGCUGCUGGUGUAGCUAAGAUGAAGAGUUAACUUAUCUUUUGUUUUUGUUUCCUGUGAAUAUAUUCCCAUGAAGCAGCCUGUUUCAGUCGCAGAUAUGGGAAAGGAAGCCAUUCCAGACAGCAGUGCAGUUUUAGGAAUGUGUUUCAAUGAACUAUGAUGGGAAAGGCGCCCCUGCUGACACCACUUCUCCUACUGAGCCUCUUAACCUUCACAUGCAACAUGACUUCAUCUGCUUUAAUUGCAUUUAUGAUUUAUUGUAAAUUAAGGAAUUGGUUUAUGUUGGCAGAACUAUUUAUUCCCUAAUAUGCUGUUUGGGGUUUUUUUGUUAAUAAACAUAAGAGUCUUACGCC